UAACCACGCUCAGAUUUAUAAUUACAUGGUUCUUGGAGUGAGUGCAUACACUCAUGAAGUUUUUAGUAACUUCAGGUCACUGCAACAGGCCCAGGUGCAGUUCACGGACGGAUGGGUACAGGACCUGGAAAUGCACCGUGUUGAGCACAAGACCAUCGUACGCACAACGGUAAAUCACUCCAUGCGCCUCAGCCAAAAGCCUCUUCAGCCCUGGGUUAUUCUGCAAUCUAAUGGGGACGUUGAAAGUGCACAUUGCACAUGCAUGGCUGGUGUGGCAGAGAAGUGUGUGCAUGUAGCGGCUCUCCUUUACAAAGUUGACACUACUGUGCGUCUACGAGGUAAUAUCACGCCGACAGAUGUCAAAGCUUACUGGAUUAUGCCCUCCAACAUCAAGAGAGUGCAAGGAGUACCAGGCCACACAAUUGACUACACCACCAGUGCAGCAAGAAAAAGGGCACUCGACCAAUCAUGUAGUGCUGGACAAAGUGACUGUUCUCCUAAACCCAAAAUCCGGACUCGCACUGGUGGCAGCUCACUACAAGUGCGCACACUGGCCGAUUUAAAGUCUCUCACAGAUCUCAUGCAUGAAAACCGGUCAGGCCUAUGCGCUGUUAUGGAGGACUUCUGCCACCUAUAUGCUGACCCUGUCCAGCCUCGUGUCCUCCCAAAUCACUGCUACGCAUCUUUGACCCACAGUUGAAGGGCUGUCAGCUAUCUGUCCUUCUGCAGCACUGUGAACGUCUGAAGCACUGUGUCGUUGUCUCAAAGGCUGAGGCAGAGGCACUGGAGGAGAAAACCAGGGAGCAGCACAAAUGUGACCUUUGGCACACAGCACGAGCAGGAAGAAUCACUGCGUCAAACAUACAUGCGGUUGUGUCCACCUCCACUGCCAGUCCUGCGUUGUCAACUGUAAAGAAAGUGUGCUACCCACAAAAACUGUCACAUCAGCUCUCCAACCAAGAACCGCAACAAUUCA